AUGUAUGCCCACAUCCUUGUCCUGGCAGCAGCUGCGGUGCAGUACAGAGCUGUGGCCAUCCAUGAAGCAUGCAGGACAGCGGAGGUGGCUGACGUUUUGUUCCUCGUGGGACAGUCACAGGGCACAGGGAAGGAGAGCUCCCAGCUGCUCAAGGACUUCAUCAGCAGCGUGGCCCAUUCCUUUGAGAACGUGGUGAUGGGCAAAGGAGGUGUCCGGCUGGCAGUGGCACUCUAUGGGGAGAAACCAAGGAUGAUCAUUGAGCUCACAGAUUACGUGACCACUGAGGAAAUGCUGGUGGCAAUUCAGGAUAUCUCCUUCAAAUGCAACACCUUAAAAACAGGGUCAGCCCUGGCAUUUGCAGCUCAUGCCAUGUCUCACCUGGACACAAUGAGAGAGGAUGCAGCAAAGGUGGUUGUUUUGAUCACGGAUGGGAAAUCCAGGGACUCAUUUGAAGAUGAAGCCCAGGUCCUGCAGGAUGGAGGGGUGACAGUGUUUGCUGUAGGAAUUAAGGAUGCUGAUAGGAAUGAACUGAACAAAAUAGCUUCAGAGCCCAGUGCUGAACAUGUGCUUUAUGUCGAAGAUUUUCACCUGCUCAACAACGUGGCCCCCAAACUCUCCCGCAGGCUCUGUUUCACUGCCUCAGAGCCACCACGGCCCAUCAAGCAGACAGUGCAAGCUGAGAAGAUCACUGGUCCCCAAGAUCUGCGUGUCAGUGAGCACAGCCACAGCUCACUGCGCCUCACCUGGAUGCCAGCUACAGGGAGGGUGAUGGGGUACCAUGUCCAUCUGCAUCCCUUGAUGCCUUCGGGACAGCCGGUUUUGGAGGACCAGCAGCAGAUUGUGGUGGAUGGUGACAAAAGCACCGUGCUUGUGACUGAUCUGAAACCCAGCACCAAGUAUGUUUUCAAGGUGAGGGCUGUCUAUGGAGAUGCCCUUGGGGAGUCAGCAACUGUCAAGGGGAAAACAACCCCUGUGCCUCCAGUCACUAAUUUCCGUGUGAUAGAAGAAGGACUUUACAGCUUGAAGGUGGCUUGGACACCUCCACUGGGCAAACUGGAGGGCUACAAGAUCUACAUCCCCAAAGCCAACAGACCAGGAAUGACCUACGAGCAGGUCCUGCUGGGUGAUGUCUCUUCCCAUGUGCUGGAUAACUUGCAGGAGGAUAGAGAAUACAGCAUCAGCAUCUAUGCAGUGUAUCCCCAGGGGCCAAGCAAGCCUGUGGCUGCUGUGGGGAGAACAUUGAAGCUGUUGCCUGUGAAAAGCAUCUUGCUGCAGAAUGAAACCACCAACACUCUCCAGGCAAGGUGGAGCCCUGUCCAGGGAGCAACAGGAUACAGGCUCACUUGGACAUCAGCAGAGGGCAGCAUCCAGGAUGUGAACCUCAGCAGCACCUACAACUAUUACAUGAUCCAGGGGCUGCAGCCUGGCACAGAGUACACCAUCACCAUCAACCCCAUCUUUGGGGAUGUUGAGGGACCAGUGGUGAGCAGUAAAGCAAUGACAGUGGCAUCAAGCACAGUCCAGAUGCUGAAAGUGAGCGAGAUAUCCAUCAAUAGUGCUCUGGUUUCCUGGGACUCAGUUGCUGGGGCCACAGGGUACCGAGUGGCUUGGGGUCCCACACCAGAGUUCUUUGGCAAAGACCGUCCUCACCAGCUGGCCCUCAACAAGUCAACCACAGCCUUCACGCUCCGCAACCUGGCCCAUGACACCGAGUACGUGAUUUCCCUCUAUGUGCUUUUUGGCUCAGUGGAGGGACCAGGGAUCACAACUUCAGCCAGGACAUCUCCUCUUGGCUAUGUGUCCAAUUUCAAGGUGAUGUCCUACACCAGCACAAGUCUGUCUAUAGCCUGGAGUGCCACAGCAGCGGCCACCAAAUUCAAAGUCACCUGGAGCCCUGUUGGGGCAGGCAAAGAAAACCAGGUUGCCAAGUCUCAAUACCUGGGCAGUAAUGUGUUGUCUUAUCGGAUCAACCACUUGCUGCCCAACACCCUGUAUAAAGUCAGUGUUCGGGCUGUCUUCAGCAAGGCCGAGGGACCAGAGGUGACCCUGACUCACCGCACAGCAUCUUCUGGGGACCUCAACCCCAUUCAAACCAUCCAGGAUCUGAGGAUUACUGACACUGGCAUAAACAGUUUGAAGCUGUCUUGGAAGAGGCUUCCUGGAGUAACUCACUAUAAGAUAUCCUGGGUGCCAUUCAGUGGUGGCUUGGAAACCUCUGAGCUGGUUGCAGCAGAGACAAACUCCUUCACGAUCUCCAGACUGAAGGAGAACACCACCUACACCAUCUGCAUGUCUGCAGUGAUCAGGGGAAAGGAAGGAAGCCCCACGCUGCUCACAGCCAAAACCUUGGAUUUACCCAAAGUGACUGAGUUCACAGUGCAGGAGGCUGCAGAGACCAGCAUUGUGCUGACUUGGAGGGCUGUUCCUGGAGCAUCCAUGUACAUGUUAAUGUGGCGCUUGUCCUCAGCUUCUGAUGUUUCCCAGGAGCUGUUAUCAGCAGCUUCUAGGUCAUAUCAAGUGAUGGGACUGAGUGCCAAGGAAAUGUAUUUGUUUUCUAUACGACCAAUCUUUGGAGAUACUGAGGGACCAGAGACAACUCUCCUUGGGCAAACAGUGGGACCUCACAUAGGGUCACCUGCACUAAUCACUCCAAGUGAAUUGGAUCUGAUGAGAUCUGCAUCCAUAUCUCCUGGCAAUGUGGGGACCACUCCUCUUCCACUGGCCACCACCACAAAUCUACCACCAACCCCAGAGACCCCACUAUCAACCACUGCAGUGUCUGCACUGCUGACGACUGUCCCUGGGCCAAUCUGUGGCAAGCUCAAAGCAGACAUUGGGUUCCUGGUGGAUGAAUCUUCAAGCAUUGGCCAGAGCAAUUUCAAUAAAGUGAAGGAUUUCCUCUUCCGGAUCAUUUCCUAUUUCCCUAAGAUUGGGCCUGAAGGGACACAGGUUGCUGUUGCUCAAUACAGUGAGGAGCCCAGGGUAGCCUUCUACUUCAACCAGCACCAUGACCGCAACAGUGCCCUGAAAGCCAUCAAGGGCCUGCACUAUACUGGAGGCAACACAAGAACGGGUCUUGGUAUAACCUACAUGCUGAAGGAGUUAUUUCAGUCUUCCAAAGGGAUGAGACCAGAUUUCCCCCACAUGAUGGUGCUCAUGACUGAUGGGCAAUCCCAGGAUGAUGUGUUGCCACCAGCCAGAGUAGCCCAUGCUUUGGGGAUCCGCAUCAUUGCUGUGGGUAUCUCAGGAGCUGACCCCACUGAGCUCAACAGCAUCUUGCUGCAGCAGAACCUCCAGAAUGUGUUCUAUGUCAGCACAUUUGAUGACCUACCUCAUAUCCUCAGAGAGCUCAUAGAAGUCAUUUGUUCUGACCCUCAGCCUUCAGGGACCCAGCUACCAUCUGGGGAGGUUGCCAGACAUGAAGCUGACAAGCAGUUGUUGUUUGGUGACACAGAGAGCAAGCCACACAUCCCUGAUCCAUCAUCAACCGAACCACAUAUCCAAAGAGAACAGAAGGCUUGUGGUCCUUGGUGUAUAAAGAGUUCCAGGGGCUCACCAGCUCAUGGCCCCUAUGACCCAUACAGCUUUACUACAAAGGGAGAGAAAGGAGAGCGGGGUCUACCUGGGAAGGAUGGCAUUCCUGGGCUGCCGGGGAGACCAGGGAGAACAGGUCCUCCUGGUCCCCCUGGACUCAUGGGUCCUCCUGGCAUCCAAGGAGACACUGGAUCUCCUGGCUAUCCAGGACCAGCGGGGCCAAAAGGAGACAGAGGUGAACCAGGCUAUGUCCUGGGAGGAGUGGAGGUGAUUCCUGGACGAAAUGGGCAGCCUGGACCCCCUGGACAAAAAGGACAGCCGGGGGUUCCUGGGGUAGCAGGACCACCAGGUUUACCAGGGCCACAGGGGCCACCAGGGAUCCCCAUCAAGGGCGAACCAGGGGAUUCAGGAAUCAGGGGGAAACCUGGCUUGCCAGGCCCUGUGGGGCCGCAUGGUGUCCCUGGACUGCCUGGACCAAGGGGAGAAAAGGGAAUGGCAGGAACUGGCAUUCCCGGCACUACUGGAAUGAAGGGGGAGGAAGGAGAGCAGGGGGCUAUGGGACCUCCAGGAGCACCAGGACCAAAGGGGCUCCCAGGACCUCCAGGGCAGAAAGGAGACCAAGUUUUGGGACCUCCAGGAAAGAAAGGUGUCAGGGGAGACAUUGGACCAACAGGGGCCUUGGGACCACAAGGAGACAAAGGAAUCCAAGGAGACAAAGGAGAGAAGGGAAGUCCAGGUUUUGGCAUUCCCGGUCAACCUGGUCUAAAGGGAGACCCAGGAGACAGGGGAAAUGUAGGCUUGUCUGGCAGACCAGGGCAGAAGGGGGAUACAGGUCUGAAGGGACAGAAAGGUGAACCAGGAUUACCUGGGGAACCAGGCAAGACCGGACUAAGAGGUAAAGAUGGAGAAACAGGGAGGAAAGGCACCUCUGGGACCAAGGGAGAAGCUGGCGUCCCUGGAGAGCCAGGAAAGAGAGGAAUCAGGGGUCCACGAGGGCUCCCAGGACGGCCUGGAGAGAAGGGGAUAAAAGGCGAUACCGGACAACCUGGAAAGGAUGGAAUCACUGGAGAGAAGGGAGACAAGGGUGAAUCUGGUGAGCCUGGGCUGCCUGGCACUCCUGGAAGCACUAUAUCCUCUCUGGAGAACACCCUUACCCUGAAAGGUGACAAGGGGGAUCCUGGGAGGGAUGGAUUGAAAGGCGAAAGAGGUCCUCCAGGCCCAAAGGGAGAACCGGGUCCACCAGGCAAAGGAGUGGAAAUGCAGGAUCUGGAGAGGCUUUUUGAAGCAAAUGGUAUCAAGCUGGCACUGCUGAAGGAACUCUCCAAUGUGCUCCUGCGGGAUGGGCUGGAUGUGCUGGUGCAGCAGCUCAGUGGCUCCAGGACAAGCCAGACCUCCAGGAGAAAGCCAGCAGCUCUGCAUGUCACUGAGCACAGUGGUCCUUCUGCUGGUGGUUCUGAACCUGAGUAUCAGUCCCUAGGAGACCCUCCUGAACCCUUGGAGAAAACACCUGAGGAAGGAAGGAAGCAGAGAGACUCAAAAGGGACAAACACUUCUCUCAACAGUAGCUUGGCUGCUCCCCCAUCACACCCAGAAGAUGAUCUACAAGGAAAUCAGUCCAUGGAGCUUCAGGAGUCCUUGGAGGACAGGGUGGAAGGACAAGCACAGCAGGACACCAGCCAUGAAGAUGUGAAUUCAGAUGAUGCCUCUGUGCUCCCAGGGCAUGUUAGAGCCAGGAGAUCUGCUGAGCACAAGACACACAAGAUUCAUCCUCCUGGUGCCUCAGGAGCUCGGAAAUCACUGCCUAGAUCUGCGGCAUAUCUAGGGCCUCAUCAGUCAAGGAGAAUCAAGAAGGAGGGAACUGGCCCAGCAGAUCCACCCUCCUGUGGCCAAAAGGGAGAAAUGGGAGCUCCAGGAGUCCAGGGAGACAAAGGAGAAAAGGGGCAGCCUGGGGAGAUGGGAGAACCUGGAGCAAAGGGCACCAAAGGAGAAAGAGGUGAAAAUGGUCAAAAGGGAGAACCAGGAAUUGGACUCAGAGGUCCUAUUGGUCAGGCUGGGCCACCUGGACUUAAGGGUGAGCCAGGGGCCCCAGGAUCUCCAGGAGCUCAAGGCAUCCAGGGCAUUCGUGGCAACCCCAGCAUCCCAGGGUCACAGGGAGACAGAGGGGCUCCAGGUCUGCCUGGGAUGCCAGGACAGAAGGGGGAGCGUGGGAAGAGAGGCCGGAAUGGAUUUACUGGACCCCCAGGACCAUCAGGAUCCCCAGGAAAGGAGGGGAUUCCUGGGGCACCCGGACCCAAAGGCAACAAGGGAGAAAUCGGCUUUGGAGCAGCUGGACCAAGAGGACCUCCUGGACUGCCUGGCCCUCAGGGUGAUGAAGGCAUCAUGGGAAUCCGGGGUCCUCCUGGCAUAAUGGGUCUGAAGGGCUUGCCGGGUCCAAAAGGCGAAAGAGGUGAUCGGGGACUUCUGGGACCCAAGGGAGAAAGAGGUGAGCCCAUGACUAAUUUUGGACCCCAGGGCUAUAAAGGCAGUAAAGGAGAUCCCGGGGAACAGGGCCUGCCAGGUUUUGAUGGAGACAAAGGAGAGAAGGGAGAGGAUGGGCCUGUAGGAGAAAAGGGAGGCAAGGGUGAAGCUGGCUCCAAGGGAGUGAUGGGGCUCUUUGGAGCAAGAGGACCAGUGGGGCAGAAGGGGGAGCCAGGAGAACCAGGCUGGCCAGGCUCUGCUGGUGCAGCAGGUCUCAAUGGGCAGAACGGACACAAGGGAGCCAAAGGUGACAGAGGCCUUCAGGGGGAGAAGGGGAAGCCGGGAGGAAAAGGUGAUGCUGGGACCACUGGUGACAUGGGGCAGAAAGGAGCAAAGGGCUUACGAGGGCUUCCAGGACGCCCUGGAGCUCCCGGAGCCAAAGGCAUUAAGGGAGAAACUGGCAGUCCUGGAAAACCAGGGAUCCCAGGAUCAGAUGGACCGUAUGGACCAAAGGGUGAACAGGGAGCAUCAGGGGAUGAUGGUGCCUCAGGGAUUCCUGGAGAGAAAGGAGAAAAGGGGACCAAGGGAGUUCCUGGCUUGGGAGGCUUCAAAGGACAAAUGGGAUGGCCUGGGAAGACUGGAGUCACUGGACCAGAAGGGCCUCAAGGGCCACAGGGUGAGCCAGGGCCACAGGGUCCACGAGGGAAAAGAGGGAAAUCUCAGCUCUGCCUUAGGGGACCACCAGGCGUGGAUGGGCAGAAAGGAGAAAGGGGUGAAAAUGGUCCAGCCGGCCAGAAAGGAGAAAAGGGAGGUCCUGGUCUUUCUGAGGAAGAGGUGAAGGAGGUGGUGAGGAGCGAGAUGAGAGGCAGAUGUGAUUGUGGAGGUGAGUUGGGAAGGAUGCUCAUUGAAAGGGGUCUGGAGGCAGCUGGAAUCAACAGGCAGCUCCAAGGGGAUUUUCAGCCUUGGGAGCACACCAGAAGGGAUGGUGAAAGCCAGGAGGAAAUGUUUAACAGACCCCAGAACAUGACCACGUUGGUGACCUCCCUGAAGCCCUUCAUGAAGCCUUCACUUAUUGCAGGUAAGUGCAGCAGAAUGACUGUAACGGGUCCCUCUCAGCACCAGCGCCGAGAAGCCCACACUCAAUUACCAGAACCCUGCCUGCAACCCAUGGACGAGGGCUCCUGCCAGCACUACACCCUGCUCUGGUAUUACCACGCAGAGGCAAACGCCUGCCGGCCCUUCCUCUUCGGGGGAUGCCAAGGGAACAGCAACCGCUUCGAGACCAAGAGGAGAUGUGAGCAGCAGUGCAGAGACUCAGCAGGGGAAAUGAGCUUCUGCUGGCCCUGA